GUGAGACGGAUUGCUCCAAUUAAUUGGGAUUUGGUGAGGGAGCUGGAGAUGGAGCUAAAUCGUCAGUGGGAGGCGGAAGAGAUCUAUUGGCAGCAAAAGUCGAGGGUCCAUUGGCUCAAAAAAGGGGAUACAAACACAUCUUACUUUCACACAGUCACUCGCGCUCGACGUAAACGCAAUUUUGUUGCGGGUCUCCAUAAUGAGGAAGGUGAAUGGAUCACAGAGGAACGUGGAAAGGCUGACAUAGCCAACAAUUUCUACCAACACCUUUUUACGUCUAAAUCCCAGGUUGGGAAUAUGGAGGCCAGGAUUGCCGAAUUGCCUAUUGAUCGUAGGGUGACCGAGGAUAUGAAUGCGGCCCUUACUGCUUCGGUCCUUCCUGAGGAAAUUCGGAAAACUGUUUUUUCCAUGGGCUCGAAGCAGGCCCCAGGAUCGGAUGGUUUCACGGGGAAGUUUUUCAAGGCUUUUUGGUCCUUGGUGGGAGAUUCGGUGGUUAAUGCUGUCAGGUCUUUCUUUGACACAAGUAGGCUGCUUCGCAGCUUUAAUCACACUUGGCUCACCCUAAUACCCAAGGUGGAUAAUGUGGAGAAUAUGCGGCAACUCAGGCCAAUUAGUAAGAAUGUCCUCCUGUCUGACCAGGAAUUCCUUGCUGAAAUUUUGGGGGUUGGGGCGGUCGGGGUGCAUGACAAAUAUUUAGGGUUGCCCACGUUGAUUGCUUAGUCAAAAGUGGCUACGUUUCGCUUCUUAGAGGAGAAGUUGUUGAGUAGGCUGUAGGGAUGGAAGCAAAGGACCCUUUCUUGGGCAGCCAAAGAAACGCUGAUUAAAUCAGUCGCGUUGGCUCUUCCUCUGCAUGUGAUGUCCUAUUUUAAGCUCCCUCUGGCUUUGUGUCGGCUCCUGGAUAGCCAUGUGGCCAAGUUCUGGUGGGGUAUGGAAGGUGGGCGAUCCCGGAUUAGUUGGAUGUCCUGGCGCAACAUGUGUACCAGUAAGCAUGAUGGUGGUAUGGGUUUUCAUAGAUUUGAACAUUUCAAUCAGGCCCUUCUGGCUAAGAUUGGGUGGCAAAUCCUGUCGGAGCCUGACUCGCUGCUGGCCAAAGUCUACAAAGGUAAAUAUUUUCCGCGGGGGGGAUUUCCUCUCUGUUACAGCCAGAUCUCACCCAUCUUGGGGAUGGCAGAGUAUCUUGCAUGGUCGUCAGUUGCUCCUCCAAGGUCUCCGUUGGCAGAUUGGCGAUGGUACAACGACUCCGUUGUUAUCAUCGAAUUGGGUCCCUAGAAUUCACCCGGAUGGGCUGGUUUAUAACCCUCGUGUCCUUCCGGACGAGGCAGAACCUAAAGUGGACGCGGUGAUUAUCCAGGGGGCAGGGAGAUGGUGUGAUGAAAGUCUUAGCCAGUGGUUUCCUCCUGUUAUCUGCCAAGCUAUUAAGGCUAUUCCCCUCCCUCGUGAUACUGUUGCUGAUAAACUUAUUUGGCAUGAAUCCAGGGAUGGCCUCUUUUCGUUGAAGACGGCUUAUCAUCUUGCAGUCCGGUUGGAUAAGCAAGGGGGCAGAUGGAGAUCAAUGGCCAGUUGGAUGGAUUGGCCGAGCUGGAUCCGUUUGUGGAAUGCUGAUUUGCCUCCCAAGCUUAAAAUAUUUUUAUGGCAGCUUUUUCAUCGGCUCCUCCCUACCACGGAAGCCCUCAUCGAGAAGAAGGUUCAGGUGCUGCCUCGAUGCCCGGUGUGUUGGGCUGAGAAAGAAACUUUGGAGCAUCUGUUCCUCGAUUGCCCAGUUGCUCGGUCUCUUUGGGAGCAUUCUGGUUUAGAAGAUCUUGGGGAGGGCUUACCGCGGCAUACCUUUCCGCUCUUCCUCAAAAAGUUGAUGGUUUUGAUUCAUCAGCCUCAGAUGGUCAUGGCGGUGGUGGCAGUCCUUUGGCGUAUUUGGCGCUCCCGCAACUGGGUUGUCUUUGAAGGCAAGCAAUAUGGGAUCCCCGCCUUGAUGAGGCAAUUAAAUCAGCAAUACCUGGAAUGGGUUAAUUUACCAAAAGACCGUGUUAUGCCCACGCUUACCCCGCGCAUGGUGGGGGGUGGGACGGAGAGUGCUCCGAGUUUACUCACGUGUAUGUGGGAUGGAGCGACGCGGGGGGGUUCUCACUCGGCCGGGGGUAUGGUUCUCUUUGAUUCUGAGGGGCGGAUCCUUCAUGCCCGAGGGGUACAUUUCCCUGAUAUUGAUGAUCCCAUGACGGCAGAGUUGCUUACUUUGCGAGAGGGCUUGCGGUGGUGCCUAGAGUUGGGGUUUACAGAGGCAAAUUUUCAGGGGGACGCGCGUGUGGUCAUCGACAAGGUUAAUAACCGGGAUUCCUGUGACAACCAGGUCGGCGCCGUUCUCGAGGAGGUCAUCCAAUUUCUGGCAGUGCAUUCUUCGCUUAAUGUUCGUUUUGUAGGUCGGCGUAGCAAUAGGGUAACCCAUUUGGUGGCUAGAAAGGCCCUCUCUUUGUACCCGACUACAUGUCGAUCCUUUGAUUUUCUGGCCUGGUUGAAUUCCAGGAUAUAAUGAUUUUUUUUCAACCAAUAUGAUUAUCUUUUGUCAAAAUAAUAAUAAUAAUAAUAAUUCAUAUCCAGUUUUGAUUUAGAGGUGAACGGACCAAAUUUUUAUUAAAAUCCACACCCGACUCAACCCUUCAAUUAUAAAACCGGUUAAACUUUCUUGGAAUUCAAAACUCUCCAACAUCAGGUUCAUCUCGCAUUAGACCAUGUUGGAUGGUUGGAUACCCACAAAUUUGAGUUAUCUCUUGUGGCUUACACUAAAAAUGCAUCCUUUCUCAAAACAAGCCUUUUUUUUCUCUUAAACCUGUCCCAAAGCAAAAAACAUGACCCAAAGUCUAAAAUUCACAGUUGUGUACUUAACUUAGGGGAGGGAUUCGAUAAUCCGGUAAACGGUUUACUGUUUUACCGAACCGGUAACCGGCGGUAAACGGUAAACCGUUUACCGGCGGCAUCAGCGGCCGAGAGAAAAUAUGGGUGUGUCGGUAUACCGAAUCCGAUAUCGGUAAAUACCGACGGUAAGUUUAAUACCGAUACCGAACCCCAAUGGCCAAUGCUAUGCGUUUUGCCCCCAAUCCCUAUCCCUACUUUCUAAAAAAACUGCCUAGCGGGACCCAGCCGCCAUCCCCUCUUUUCUUCUUCAUUUUGGAAUCGCAGAGACCAGAGAGCCCCGCGCCUCUUCUCGUCUUCUUCAUCGGACGCCUCUCAAGAUUGCUGACAGACGACCAGCCGCAGCACGACGACGGCGAGUCGCGACGGCGCCGAGCUUCCAGAGACGAGCUUCCCUUGGCCCUGAGGUGACGGCGUCGAGCUUCCCCUGGCCGACGCGUGAGUCGUGACCAGCUCUUCCCUGCCGCCGCCAAGCCGCCACUACUUGCCUCCUAGCCUCCUCGCCGUCCUGCCAUCCUCGCCUCGACGCCUCCUGCCAUCCUUGGAGGUAAGAUUGAAUGAUUGGUUAGUGGGUGAUGAAAUCAUGAAAUUAUAAUGCAGAAGCCAAAACCCCAAGUGAUAGUAGUGGACUUCUUGCUGUUCAAGUUGCAGUGACAGAGUAAUGUGUAGCUAUAGGUGCACAUAAUUAACUACAUAUAUACACUGAUUUUCACAAUCCUUAUCCUCUGUGAAUAGUUAGUGAAUAAACAAAGGUAUGGCAUUCCACUUUCAGAGCUAUGAUGGAGUGGGAAGAUCAUCAUAUCUCCCAACAGAUCUUGGAGGAGUAAGCAAGUGGGUGCUAUAGAUGCUAGAUGGCCAAGCAACAACCUUAACAUAAUCAAAAAGAAUAUACCAGAAUCAUUCAAGUACUCAAGAUUUUGCUUUACAUGCCACUGUGAAUAGUUGAAAAGCACCCCCUGGAUCUCUUGGUUUCAAGCGGCUGAUACAUGCCCUUUGCGGUAAUUCGGUAAACCGGUUUGUAACCGUUUACCGGUAAUUCGGUAAUCGGUAAACCGGUUACAAACCGGUAUCGGUAAACGGUAAACAGUUUGGCCACCCUCGGUAUACCAAAACCGGUCCGUUUACCGACCGAUUCCCACCCCUACUCUUAACCAUCAUAAUGCCACAUCACCAAAUCACUGUCUGCAUGGACCAAAAAAAAAAAAAUAGUGACACUGUUGCGACACCAUAAUAUUGGUCAUAUUUUACAGGUGGCGUUGUGAGAAUUAUGUGGGCCUUUGGUCCAAGUAAAGUCCAAUGUUGGCC